AUGGCCCUUAGUUUCAUCGGAAAGCCCAUUUCUCUCAUUUCGCACUCAGAUGUACGUUACAGAGGCAUUCUCGCGGGAAUCGACCCUGCAGCCUCGACCAUCCAACUCUCCAAUGUGUACUCGAUGGGAACAGAGUCGAGGCGACCGCCAGACCAGUUCAUACCUCCAGUGCAGGAACCAUAUGCAUAUAUCAUCUUCCGCGCAUCAGAAGUGAAGGACCUCGCAGUGGAUGACCCAGCGCCACAACGACGAAGCGUUCACGAUGACCCAGCAGUGCUAGGCGCAUCCGCGCCAAUGGCAGCUGCACCACCAUAUGGCCAAAAUUUCCAAGUACCGCCGGCGGGUGUACCACCACAAUCUGCACAACCCCCUCAGCAAAAUCGACAACCAUCCUUUUCUCGCCAGCAGUCCUCCCAAUCGUCUACCUCUGGCCAGCAACAAGGUGGGCCGGCUCAGGCAGCUCAAGCUGGCGCAUCCGGCUCACCGUCGUCUACAACGCCCUCGGGAGGUCAUCGCCAAGGGCGCAACAAUUCUGUGCACACCGCCACGGCGUCUCUCGAGACCGUCGAGCGUGCGCUCGGCGACCUGCGUGUGGCGAAUGCCACCGCAAACGGUGCGCCUGUCCCGCGCAGUGGACGACGUGGGCGCGGCCAAGGGCAACAGGAGCACAACAUUCGGGUGCCCGUGGCGGACUUUGACUUCCAGAGUUCAAAUGCGCGCUUCGAUAAGGCUGCGCUAGGGCCGUCACCCCGGGGGACGCCGAAAGCGGACGAGGUGAACGGUACUUCUGCAGACGACAAGGAGAAAGAGAAGGAGGCCGAGCCCGUGGCGUACAACCCGAAAAAGUCGUUCUUCGACUUGCUCUCGUCUGGGAGCAACGGGCCUUCGGCGGACGCGCGCGGAGGGCGCGGAGGCGGCGGACGACGCGGCGGAGGCAGGAACAGGCGAGAGGAGGAAAGGGAGAGGAACGUCGCGACGUUUGGCGAGCCAGGCGGUGUGGGUCUUAUGGGACCUGGUGCGUAUGUUGCGGGAUGGGGUGGCUAUGGCAGAAGAGGUGGCGGUCGCGGACGGAGAGGCGGCGCAGGCGGUGGUGAUCGCGCUGCCGCGGGUGCUCGCUAA